AUGAUUGAAGGAUCUUAUGCUUGCGUGAUUGAACGGCAAGAAGCUGGCCAAGUACAUGUGGAUAUUGUUGGAGCCACCCCACAAGAACUGAAAGUGAUUGCUAAAUGGAAGGAGGAUUCUCAAGUACGCGAUGCUGUCACCACUACGACAUUCCAUAUGGCGAUGAAAGCGCUUGAUUCGGAGGUACAAUUGUCUGAUAUGGAUCAAAAAUCGGCGGUAUUGUCCAUUCAAGUGCCGUCUUAUCACUACCGCUACGUCAACGUGAAUGGCUGCCCUGGCGAUAUAGUCACAGUGACGGAGACUCGCCAUCCUUCGGGAACUAGUAGUACAGCUAACAAGUUUUUCCUGAUAAAGUUAAAUGUGAAGUCGGCCGCAUUAUGGUCGGAGUUAUCAGAGAAGUGUACGGUGAUAGUUGAAAAUGGUAUCACGGGACAAAAGAUUUAUGUGCCAGUCAGGGUGCGAAUUGUAGGACAGGCUAAACAGGUGUAUAAUGGUCAGUACCUUAUUCAAUACGAUCUCUUAUUAGAGCAUCUAAAUAAAUUUUGUUUUAGCACUUGACA